CUUCCAAGCUUAAGUGGGCUAAGGAGAGACCCAAGGUUAUCAGGCUUGGAAGAAAAGAUGUUUUUUUAGGUCCAAGAGGAAAAGCCUAGUGGCAUGUGUUGUCGAAUGACGGAUAGGCUACCAGUCGAACUGUGCUGCAGGAAGAAGCUUCAGUUAUGUCGUCGUGUCUGAGUUCUUCCACAACAAAAACAGCCUAUGGAGUUGCCAUCGAAUUCUUGAAAAAGUUUAGACCUUUUUCUCUUAUGGGGUUCUCUGACUUUACCACACAAAGCUCGAAGAUUCAUGGCACCAGCCCUUCAUUCAUGGACAGACCCCAUUUCUCUGAAAGGGAGAAGAGUAUAUACACUAUUUUGACGAUAGAUAGGUGGGAAUCAAUGAACCAUAUGGAGUACAAGUUGGCUGCAUUGAGGCCUGUUCAUGGGAGGCUAGCUUUAAAAUUCCUCAAUUGGGUCAUCAAGCAACCGGGUUUGGAACUCAAUCACUUUACUCAUAUUUUUUCCAUCACCAUCCAUGUGCUAAUUAGAGCUAGAAUGCUUGACUGUGCUAAAUCACUCUUGAGACAGUUAUCUCAAAUGGGUAUUGGGGCAAGUUCUGUUUUUGGGGCUUUAAUGGACACAUAUCCCUUUUGCAAAUCAAACCCUUCAGUUUUUGACCUACUUAUCAGGAUUUAUUUGAGGGAUGGAAUGAUUGAUAAUGCAUUAGAGACCUUCCACUUCACAGGGUUUAGGGGAUUCAAUCCAUCAGUUUAUACUUGCAAUAUGAUGCUUGGUUAUAUGGUGCAGAAUGGGAUGACUGGAUCAGUUUGGUCAUUCUUUAAGGAAAUGCUUGCUAGAAGGAUUUGUCCUAAUGUUGCUACUUUUAAUAUCUUGAUCAAUAUUUUGUGUGUUGAAGGGAAUCUAAAGAAGGCUGGGUUUUUAUUGAGAAGGAUGGAAGAAAAUGGUUAUUUUCCAACUGUAGUUACAUAUAACACUUUGCUUAACUGGUAUUGCAAAAAGGGGAGGUAUAAAUCAGCCUUUGAGUUAAUUGAUUGUAUGGGGUCGAAGGGCAUUCAAGCAGAUGUAUGUACAUAUAAUAUGCUCAUUGACGAUUUGUGUAGAAACAGUAGAAGUGUGAAAGCUUACUUAUUGUUGAAAAAGAUGAGGAAGAGGAUGAUAUCUCCUAAUGAAGUCACCUACAAUACUCUUAUUACUGGUUUUGUUAAAGAGGGAAAGAUUGGAAUUGCUACUCGAAUUUUUGAUGAGAUGUCAGUGUUCAAUCUUUCGCCGAAUUAUGCUACUUACAAUGCUUUAAUUGACGGACAUUCUAAUGAGGGUAACUUUGAAGAAGCUUUAAGACUCAUUGAUAUGAUGGAAUCUGCAGGAUUUCAACCUAAUGAAGUGAGUUAUGGGGCAAUUUUACACGGAUUCUGUAAGAAUGGUGAAUUGGACUCAGCAAGAAGGGUUUUUGAGGGAAUGAAGAUGAAUGGGAUGGUUGUUGGUCAUAUAGCAUACACAGAAAUGAUGGAUGGAUUAUGCAAAAAUGGGUUUCUUGAUGAGGCUGUACAGAUGCUUCAUAACAUGUUUGAGGAUGGUGUGGAUGCUGAUGUUAUAACCUUUUCUGUACUGAUAAAUGGAUUCUGUCGUGUUGGGAAGAUAAAAAAUGCAAAGGAAAUAAUAUGUAGAAUGUAUAAAGCUGGACUCAGGCCUAACAAAAUCAUAUACUCUACUUUAGUCUACAAUUCUUGCAAGAUGGGAAAUGUUAUGGAAGCAUUGAAAUUUUACCUGACUAUGAAUCGCAGUGGCCUUGUUGCUGACCAUUUCACUUGUAAUGUGUUGGUUGCUUCCCUUUGUAGAGAUGGAAAAGUAAGAGAGGCUGAAGAUUUCUUGUCUCACAUGAGUAGAAUUGGUUGUGAACCUAACUCCAUUGCAUUUGAUUGUGUUAUAAAUGGCUAUGGAAAUUUGGGUGAUGGACUAAAAGCAUUCUCUAUGUUUGAUGAGAUGAUAAAAUUAGGCAAUCAGCCUAGUUUUUUCACAUAUGGCAGCCUACUUAAAGGACUGUGCAAGGGUGGAAAUCUACGAGUGGCAAAGAAGUUUUUGAAUAACCUGCACUACAUUCCUUCUGCUGUAGAUAAUGUUGUGUACAAUACAAUACUUGCUGAGACAUGUAAACAGGGGAAAAUGUGGGAGUCAGUGGUCAUAGUUGACCAAAUGCUCAAGUUUGGUGUGCUUCCUGAUGAUCACACCUAUACUAUUCUUGUUGGUGGCUUCUGUAGGAAAGGAAAAAUUGUUGCUGCCCUCCUUUUGUUUGGGAAGCUGAUGGAGAAAAGGGCUUUUUCUCCUACUUUAUUAACAUACACCUGCUUAGUUGAUGGUCUUUUCAAGGCAGGCCAAUCAAAGGCUGCAUCUUAUAUUUAUGAAGAAAUGGAGGAAAAAAGUAUUCACCCUGAUACUAUUGCACUUAAUGUUCUUAUAGAUGGAACCUCAAGAAUGGGGAAAAUGGCCAAGGCAUGUGAUUUGCUUUCAUCAAUGAGGAGUAGAAAUGUGUGCCCUAAUUUGUCAACAUAUAAUAUUCUGUUGCAUGGGUAUACUAAGCAAAAGAAUUUGCUUAUGUGUUUUGUUAUAUACAAAUUAAUGAUCAGAAGUGGCAUUUUUCCUAAUAAACUGACCUCAUAUUGUCUCAUUCUUGGACUCUGUGAGUCAGGGGGGCUGGAUAUUGGUAUUAAAUUCUUGAAAACUAUGAUAUCUGCUGGCUUUGAGGUUGAUCAGUUUACAUUUAAAAUGCUUAUCACCAAGUGUUGUGAAAGGGGUGAGAUAAGAAAAGCCUUUGAUCUUGUUAAUAUUAUGAACUUUUUGGGCAUACUUGCUGAUGUAGAUCUCCAAAAUGCCAUUGUUAGUGGACUCAACAGAAAUCUGGCCUUCCAGCAGUCUUAUGUUCUUUUGCAUGAUAUGUAUCAGCAAGGUUUCCAACCCAAGAGUAGACAAUAUAUUACAUUGAUGAAUGCUAUGUGUCAAGUUGGGGAUAUUCAAAGUGCAUUCAAGCUAAAAGAUGAGAUGGUGUUACUCGGUAUAAGUUCACGUGAUGUUGCUGAGAGUGCUAUGGUAAGAGCACUUGCCCACUGUGGGAAGGUUGAAGAAGCAACUUUAGUUCUUGAUCACAUGCUUCAGAUCCAACUUGUUCCAACCAUUGCUACUUUUACUACUCUUAUGCACAUAUUCUGUAGAGAAGCUAAUGUUGCAGAGGCUCUAACCUUGAGGAAUAAAAUGGAACGAUGUGGCCUAAAGCCGGAUGUCGUCACAUACAAUGUUCUGAUUUCAGGUCUUUGCUCUAAUGGUAAUAUAGCAGGAGCACUAGAAUUAUAUCGAGAGAUGAAACAAAAUAGUCUUUGGCCUAAUGCCACUACUUAUACCAUUCUAGUUGACACCAUUCUAACUAAGGGGGGUUGCCUUGUUGAGGGUGAUGUGAUUUUGAAGGACUUAAAGGAGAGGGGAAUCAUAUCUUGCAAUUGGGAUGGAAGUACCAAAGCAUUGCACAAGGGGUUGAGAAUGGCCAUUGACAAAUUGAAGCACAUACAGCAGAAUAGAAGCAAAUCUUUGAAAACAAACGGUAAAACAAUGUAAUUGUCUUGGUGAAGAAGACAUGAACCAACUUUCUGAAGGUCUAGUCACACAUAAACGACGAAGCUAAGACGAGAUGCUCAUGACUUGACCAAUUCCGAGGGUACACCUACUAUGUAAAAUCACAAGAGAAUUGAGAUGCUAUGAUGUAAUUCAAGCGGUGGUAAUAACUCCAGACUCAGCCUUAGACAAUCUACAUUGCUGAUGAUCAACGUUGCAGGUGUGAAAAGAAGGAUGCGCGUCUUGUGUAGAAGAUGUUUGCAAGUUACCUGGAGGUAGUGCCUCAAGUUGUACAGACUUCUUUGAGUGAAAAUGAAACAAUCUUGUUUCCUUUUCUCAAGGUAAAUAUGUCAUGGGCCAUAGAUUGGCAUAACAGGAAAAAGGUUGUUGGACAAAAAUGCUAAUAUAUCACAAGUUGAAUC